CUGCGUUCAUUUGAUGCUCGUGAAUAUUGUGAGUACACCAGUUCCAACAUGUGAACACGACUUCACCAAGCGGAGAGCGUUCAAGUGAGAAAUAGACAAGAUGGACGCCAUGCUAGGCCUAGUUUGCACCAUCCAUGGUCUAGUUAUGGAUGAAUUCUACAGUAUGCUACAGUUUUUACGGAAGAAGAGAAUUAAAAACAGGAGACUACUGCUUCUGAUGAAGAAGAGAUGGCGGAAUAUACACAUGCCAGUUAUUAAGACGGGGGUGGCAUGUACACUGUUCCUUGAUAUGGACAACUACACUUUAAGAAGACACAUACGCUUGAACAGGGAACAGCUCGAUACAUUCAUCCGCUUCUUAACAGAAUUUGGCCAUGAUGACCCACCUGUUAGAUUUGGAGGGCCUCCACAGAUUUCACUAGAACUAAAAGCUUUGAUGUUCCUUUGGUACAUGAGCAAUGCCAAUUCAUUUAGGGAAAUGUCUGACAAAUUUAACGUUGGCCAAGGCAGCGCACAUCAAAUAAUUACGAAAAUAUUAAUGUCCAUCCAUCACCUUUCACACAGAUAUAUUAAGUGGCCAGACGAACAUGAAAAGAUACACAAUACCAGACAAUUCUUUCGUACGUCAGGUCAGGAAAACAUCAUUGGAGCUGUCGAUGGUUGUCAUUUUGCAAUUAUUCGUCCAGCCAAAUCUGGUAUCUCUUAUUUGAACAGAAAAGGAUAUUACUCCGUACUACUACAGGGAGUUUGCGAUUGGAAAGGAAAAUUUGUUAGUGUUUUUAUUGGACCUCCAGGACGGGUCCAUGAUACACGAAUGUUAAGAAAGUCCGAUUUGUAUGCUGAAAAAGGUGUCUUGUUGGGAAACCAGUGGAAACUGUUAGGCGACUCGGCCUAUGUCAGUAAUGAUUUCCCAUUCAUCAUUACCCCAAAACGUGACAAUGGCAAUCUCACUGCUACGGAUAUUCAACAAAAUACCAACAUAUCUAAAGGACGUGUGAUAAUAGAAAAUGCUUUUGGGAUGAUGAAAUGCAGAUUCCGCAGAGUUCGUGACAUUCAGAACACUAACCUAGAGUUGGUAGUACGCAUCAUACUGGCAGCCUGUACUCUACACAGUAUGUUGAUUGAGGAUGGAUACGUUUGUCCAGAUCAUCCAGAUGGCUGUCCGCGAGAUGAUGCUGAUGAUAAUGAUGAUGCACAGUGAUCGGUACAACCUAACCAAAUGGAUCAUCUGUGGAUGAUGCUAUUUUCUUUAAGAACAGUUCGUGGUUGCUUUAAAUAUAUCUUUUUACAUAAUGUUUUGCUUGGAGUAAAGUAUAUUAAAUACAUGUAUAAAACAGGAAAUGUUUUUUUAAUUUUUAAUUAGAAAAAUAUUUCAGUAACUUUGCAUACACAGUGUAUAAAGACUUUCAGUUUAAUUUCACCUUUCAUGAUUCGUAACUCUGAAUCUCAAUUAUGCUGGUAUUGAAGUGAUAUAAAUACCCAGAUACUAGCAUUUGACUGUUACACCACGUUGAAAUGUAGGGAGCCCAAUGCCAGAUUGUGUGCUUCGUCAUUAUAUGCAUCUAGCAUGUAUAAUCAGAAUAAAAACAUAAUAAAUUUGAAAACCUAAGUGUUGUAUGUUUUCGAAAUAUUUAUUCAUCAAUUAAACAAUUUCAAACAGAUCAUCACUGUGAACAAUAGGAAUAUGUGACCAGUAUGCAAGUGAAAAUCAAAGGUGUUUAUUGACUUGAAAAACAGUUGAAGAAA